UCUGCAAUUGUGUCUUUUCUAGGUUACCUGACAAGGCUGUUGCAGAAUCACACUGUGUCUGCUUGUGACGGCGAACACCUGACCCUGCAGUGUCCUCGACAUUCCACCAUCAGCGUCCAGUCUGCGUUUUAUGGGCAUCACAUGCACGGUUCACCAAAGUGUGGCUCCCUGUCACUAGAGACCAUGACCAAUCCUCAUCAGCCCUGCCUUGCCCCAACUGCACUACAAAAAGUCCUGGAUGAAUGCCAGAAUCUUAGGUCCUGCCAGCUGCCUGUGAACAGUCGCGUAUUUGGGUUGGAUCCAUGUCCGGGUACUACAAAAUAUCUUCUGGUGUCUUACAAGUGCAAACCUACUGAAUAUAAAUCCACAUCUGUCUGUGAAAACCGCGAGUUGAAGCUUCAUUGUAAGGAGCCCAAAUUGCUCAACAUCUACUCCGCUGUCUACGGUUAUUUUGCCCAUGAAAAGAACUUGUGUUCCACGGAUAGAGACCAAGGGAUGCCAUAUGAUUGUGUGUCAUAUUCUGCGAUGGAAGCAUUGGCACACCGGUGUUAUGGGAAGCAGAGAUGUCGAAUGCUGGUCAGUGAUAAGCAUUUUGGAAGUCCUUGUCUACCAGGCAUCAUCAAACAUCUCACUGUAAAUUAUUCCUGCGUUCCCCAAAUCAUUCUGAAGGAGGUUGACCCAAAGAUUUCUAAUCUAAUACCCCCUUUGAAGCAGAACGAUGGUAAAUAUGAUAUCACACUGCAUCCAUCGGAGUCGCAGCUUCCCAGCAGAGAUGGACUUCUCCUCAGUAACAUGCUUGCAGCCUAUUCUUACAUCAGAGAUCAUCCAGAAACAGCGGCUUUGUUCUUUGUAUCCAGUGUUUGUAUUGGACUGAUCAUCACUCUAUUUGCUCUGGUGAUCCAUAUAUCAUGGAGACGGGACUGGCGCUCUCCUCAGAAGAUGAACGGACAGGUAGUGCAGGACCGGGACUCUGAAGAGUCAGAGGAGUGCAGCAGCGAAGAGCAAGAAGAGGACGAGUCCUCCAACAAGUCUCACUUUUCUGAGGAAUUCCGCGAGCUGUGCAAAGUGCCACGUCCACUCUACAGCAGCUCAGACGCAGCAGAUCUUGCCGAAAGGAUUGAACGAAGAGAACAAAUUAUCCAAGAGAUCUGGUUGAACAGCGGCCUGGAUCUCCCACCUAACAGACUCACAAUUCCAUUCCUUUAA